AUGUUCGGAGAAGCUGAGCGUCCGACACUCGGAUCCUCUAUGCAGUCGCAUCCUAAAGAAAUUCGCAAAGUUGAUAUCGUCGGAAACUCACCUCAGGAAGCUAUGUGUGACAAAGCUUCCAACAUCUUCCAUAAGGUCGAUCUCUCGAAGCUUCUGCAGAGCAUAACUGGCAUGCGAAACCUUGCAACCAAUCGGAGGUUCUUUUCGGAGGUGAAGCAAACCACUAUUGCACGUAAGAAGCAUGCGGAUCUCCUCUGGAAGUGGGAGGCUCAGGAAGAGCGUAGGCGGGAAGCACAAAAUCGCCAAAAACGUCGGGAUCGCCGAGAUGCUAUUGAGGCACGGCUCCGAGAGGCAGGAUGGGGGGAAGAGAUCGACAAACUGUCGUCGGAGUCCCGGUGUGUGCUCUGGAAUAUGAAGAUAGUUGUCGAACCCCGGGAGCUGACGGAAUCUGACUGGCUCAACGUGCGCAAAAUUCUCGUUAGGUUCCUGUCAACUGCUCGAGCCACUCGGCUAGCCAGAAAGUCCGAGGAGAAAGCACGGCUCUUUUACUCCGCCGUUUGGACCUAUCGGGAUAUGCGCUGGAACAGUGGAUCUGGAUACCAGGUCGUCGGCAGCAUGGUCGACUAUGCCAGAAUAUCGAAAGUCCAAGAGAUCAUCGAGGACCCCGAUAGCUCCGACACACUCAGAGACCGGCUCUUAUCCGUCCUCCCCGGUCUCAACCAACUGUGGGCCGAGCCGCACCUCGCUCGCCUAGUCGCGAUGUUCCGACAGGCGGUUGGCGACGCGACGGCUGUGGAUAACUUCAAAGCGCCUCUCCGUCUGGCCAUCUCCGCGUUCGAAUGCACGCAGUGCGGCGAGGGAAACCUGCACUUCCCUGACGUAUGCGGGCACCCAUGCGUCAACGAGGUCGACGAGCUACCGAAAGCUGCGGAUCCGUACGAGGAGCGCAUUUUCACGUACAUCGCGAAGCGCAAAUGCCCCGAUCACGAGCGGCCCCGCCUACGCAACACCGGCGUACUCCAGCUCGCCCGCUCCCUCCCUGUCGCGCGGGACGUCGUGUCCGUGUGCGGUCUGGACCCGUACGCGGUGACUCCCGCGGACGUAGAGGCGUGUGGAGUGCGUCUGAAGUGCGGGAUCUGCUCGAAGAAGAAGUUGGAGUGGGAAGUGUUCGACUGGCAUUCGGCGAUCUCUCACGACUUGCGGUGCCACGACGCUCUGCCGAGGCGUGCUCAAAGUCACUGGACUCGCUUGACGGACGCCGAGGCCUCGGCGUCGCGGGACCUUGAGGCCAGGUUAUCUCAAAACUCCCCGGAUCGCAAAAAGCGCUAUCGCUGUACGCGGUGCGGCACGUCCGAGCCGGAGAUGAUAGGCAAGCAUCUUAUAGAUGAACAGGAACGGCUCUUUGGGCAUACUACUGACCACGAGGAGAGCGUCACGGACCGCGGGGUGUGGAUGUUUCCCGAUUUCAGGUCACCGAGCGCCCUUAUUCGAGAGAAGAUCGCCGCUGGACUGGCCAUCUCGUACUCGGUGCCUCGGAAGUCCACUCGGAAUUCAGCACGGCCGAACGUUCGGUAG